AUGGCUACCCUCCCUUUCAGCGCCCUUCCUUACCCUGUUCCCGCGUCAGCUAAUCUGACAACCUCCACUAUUUCCAUUCCCGACAAUGAGAUUGAUCGCCUCAAGACCCUUCUCAAAUUAUCGCCUAUUCCCGAGCCAAAUGUAUGGAAUACCCGUGAUGAUGGAAAAUUCGGGCUUCCGCGCGAUCAACUCUUAGACUUGGUCAAUCACUGGGAGAAAAAGUACGAUUGGAGAAAGUGGGAAUCUACUCUCAACUCAAUCCCUCAGUACAACAUCACUGUCACCGACGAUGACUCGAAGGAAUACAAGAUUAACUUCUUUGCUCUUUUCUCCAAAAACCCAUCCGCGGUUCCCAUUUUGUUUCUGCACGGUUGGCCAGGCUCUGUUGUUGAAUAUCUCCCUAUCCUCCAAAAACUGCAAAGCAAAUAUACACCUGAAACCCUCCCCUAUCACAUCAUCGUCCCUCACCAUAUCGGCUACCUGUUCUCCUCCCCACCACCCGUUGACAAGGAAUUCACACACUCAGAUAAUGCGCGUAUAAUGUCCAAGAUGAUGCACGCUCUUAAUUUCGACAAAACAGGAUAUGUUGCUCAAGGCGGUGACUUUGGCGGCUGGACCGCACCUGCAAUUGCAAACAUUGAUCCUGCUUGCAAAUUGGUGCAUAUGAACAUGUUGAAUAUCACGCCUCCGGCGGGAGAAGAUGUGGAAGCUGGUAUCAAGGAAGGAAAGUACUCUCCUGACGAAGUAGCUGCCUUUGGAAGACUUGCAGAGUUUGGCAAAACAGGUACUGCAUUCAUCCAACUUGACGGCACAAGGCCCGCUGCAGCAGGCUAUCUCCUUGGAACAAACCCCGUCGCCCUGCUAGCAUGGAUAGGAGAGAAAAUGAUCCAAUGGUCCGAAAGGGUUCCGGACCGCGAUAUGCUUCUUACCAACGUGGCACUAUAUUGGUUCUCGCGCAGUUUCCCAACUUCAAUUUACGUCCACCGCAUGGUGUUUGAGAACGUGGAGCUUUUGAUGGCUGAUUGGAAGGCUAUUAAGAAACCGUUAGGUUAUUCAUGUUUUAAGAAUGAUCUGAGUACCCCGCCAGAAAGAUGGAUUCAGCAGACGGAGCAGGUGAAGUGGUAUCGUAUGCAUGAACGGGGUGGACAUUUCCCUGCGCUUGAGGAGCCGGAGGCUUUGUGGAGAGAUGUGGAAGAUUUUAUUGGGGAGUUUUGGAGUAAGGCUUGA